AUGAGUGAAUUGAGAAAUAGAAAGAAUAAGAAGGAGUCUUCAUCAACUGAAGAGAAAAAACCAUUUCAAAAUGAUGAUAAUAGCAUAAGUUUUAGUUUCUUUGACAUUAUACGAAUGAUUUCAGGUCUUUUAUUGUUGAACCUGUUUUUGUCUUACUGGUUCACUGGUACAUUCACAUAUAACUACAGUGGGAAACUGAUAGAUCCACAUUAUUUGUACUUCCAGGCUUUUGGAUCAUAUGUGAAUUUGACAGACUCUGAAUUGGCAAAAUAUGAUGGAUCCAUUGAAGGAUUACCAAUUUAUAUUGGAGUUAAUGGAACUGUUUUCGAUGUUUCUAGUAAGAAAGAAAUAUAUGGUCCUGAUGGGUCUUAUUACUAUUUGAGUGGCAAAGAUUGUGCAAGAGCAUAUGCUACAAAUUGUUUAAAUCAACAGACAUAUGACAUUAGAGAUCUUGAACCUGAAGAGAUUAGAAGAUUGAAAGGGUGGCAUGAAUUUUUCGAAACCAAAUACUUCAAAGUUGGUGUGGUAAAUCAUGAACCAUUGACUGGGCCUACCCCAGAUAGAGAAGAUUGUCGUGGUAGAGGCCAUUGA